AUGCAAAUCGACGCUCGUUUCUACGCCCAACGUCCCGUUUGCGGUAAUACGCGCCAGUUUUUCGUUAAUGCGUUUAAAGCGCAUUUCGAAAUUUGGGAAACCCUCUGGCUUUAUAUACACGGGUGCGCUGCAAGGGUAAAGGCCUUUCUUGGCGUCGCCGGGUGCUUUGUAACACGUUAUAAAGCACCCGUAACGCCGGCGAAGGUCGUAAUACUUGGUCCCGCACGGGCAUCGCUAGGGGUAUCCGCUCCUUUGCGACAAAAAGCUACCCUUUUUAAGCUUGCUGCCAGGUUCCAUCUCCCUAUACGGCUUUUUCGCCUCGUCGCCAGGUUCAGCCCUCGAAAGUCUGCCACCGAGCCACCGGCAAAACCUCAACAAACUUUUGCCACACAGCAAAAUCCUUACGCUGCCGAACAUCAAGAUUUGGAUAACCCUGCACAGAACACAAUCAGCCACGACAACGCUAUCGAGGCUAUCAUCGACUUCUUCCGACGCCAGAACCACCAGCCCAAAGACACCGAGGGGGCCAAGAAUAGCAAAAAUAGAAAACCCGUACGAAGCGGCAAUAAAGUUUGGAUCCUUUUUGAGCUGCUCGGUGGCCAGCCCGACCUGCAUCGCCUUCAGCACCAAGGCAACGAAAACGGUCGUGGUAGCCAACCACGUGAGAUUGCCACGGGACACUACCGCGCCGUCGCCGAGUCCACGCCGCCUCCCCGUCCGGCACCAUCUUCUCUCCAACAAACCCCAUGGUUACACCACACGGGCAGUUCCGCAAACUCGUCAGAAUUCCGCCACAAUGUGGACAGGGUCCUUAGGUCGGAGGUUGAACCUCUCUACGUUGGGGUUUCUGACUUCUGUGAAAAAAAUUUCGGGCCUGUGGCAGGUCUACCCGCAGCGUCUGCGGCCAUCUUGAAGAAGUGCACGGAAGACAGCAGUCCACUCUUCGGCAACAAAGGGUGGCGGGGUGGCCGGCAGGGGCCAAAGAGAGCGACGUGCUGGCAUUUGCAGAAGAUUACAGGCCGAACCAACGCGUCGACGAAGACCACUGGCGCAGCCUAA